AUGUCCGGUGUUCUUCUGCGAUUAUGUUCGAGAUGUGGAUUGAGAACAUCACGACAUAUAUCACUGCUGGCAAAGAGACAAUCUGUACUAUCUACUUCAUCAACUGCGGGUAAUGUUGUGCAGAAACGCAACAUACUUUUUAAAAUGGGUAAUGAAACACCAUCACGAGUUGUAGGAUAUUAUGUCGUACUCCCCCAUAUUCCUGAUGAAACCGUCGAAAAUAAUACAUUCAUGUACAAUAUCGCCAAAGGCGAAGAUUGGCCAAAACUUGCUACCUCCACUCCAAAAGAAAUGUAUGAGGGAACAGUAAGAAUGCUAAUGGAAUAUGGAGCCACUUGUAUGGAACACUUAGAAUUGCUGCAAAAAUUGCCUCCAGAAGAACGUACCUUUGAAACAGCCGUCGAGCCUCUUUUGACUGAAGAGUACGAUGUAGAUUAUGCGCUGCAAACACUUCUUCUGAAAAUGCUGACCGAUUGGCCAGACUGCAGUCGAAGGCUCUUCGACGCCGAUCUACAUCACAUCAAAAUAAUGAGCGCACGAGAUCAUAUGGAAAAGCUCUCGGAUACAGAAUUCCAAGCAACAAUCAAGCACCUUUAUGACACCAAAGAAGGUUUGACAGAGUGGCAAUUACGUCUGCUGGAGUGGUAUUUGUUAGAGGUACGUGCUAGUGGUUUAGACAAAACUGAUGAGAAAACCAGAAAGCUAAUCGGGUCUUGGAGCAAAUUUAUCGACGAAUAUCGCAGCAAGUACAUUUCUAACAUCAUGGCAACUAACGAUCAGGUUGUUUUUACGAUCACUGACAAGAAUAUGUUAAAAGACGCUCCACCACACGUACUCCAGAAGCUUGCGGUUGUAGCGGAACAGUGGGAAGAAGGACCUUGGCGUGGACGAAUGACUCCACAUACACUUCACCCAUUUAUGCAGUAUUGUGGUAGUCGACAACUGAGAGCGGAAGCAUGGGAAAAAUGGAUAAGCAAAGCGUCGUUCGAACAUGAUUUUUACAACAAUUCCGUUAUUGUAGAAGAGCUGCGUCAUAAUAACGAAGGUCUUGCAAAAACCUUGGGUUACUCUUCAGUAGCAGACCAUCGGCUCGCAAAUAAGAUGGCAGCUUCACCAGAAACAGUUCGCAACUUCUUGAAUGCGUUAAUUCGCCGCAUUCGACCUGUGUUUAUAGAUCGUAUGGAGUCGUGGACGGCGUUUGCGCAGGCCAAAGAGAUGAUGUCAGGUGAUUUACAAGCGCACGACAUGGCAUAUAUCUGUAGGAGAGAAGCAGAACAGCACUACGACGUUGAUCCACUGGAUUUGAUGAGCCACUUUCCAUUCUGGCCUACCUUCCACAACUUGACUAAUAUCAUUGGGCAUAUAUUUGGGCUGCAGUUUAAGGACAUCACUGAGAGUGGUCUGGAGCGUGCACAUCCCGAUGCAAAAAUAUUCUCUGUCAUGGACAUUACUACUACCGAACAUUUGGGGAGACUUUACAUAGAUCCUUAUGAUAGGGAAAGCAAACGUGGAGGAUGGAACACGCUCUUAGGUCGAAUGGAAUCUCAAUCUCGUGGUUUGGAUAAGAUCAUCUACCUUGUUGGAUCAGCCAUUGCCCCAACGGAGACCUCCCCAUCACUUCUUCAUCACCAACAGUUGCAACAGCUUUUAUUCCAUGUGGGCCGCGCCAUACAAAUGUUGCUGUCACGAUCACCUUACCGGGACAUUGCAAUUCCAUGGGCACCGUUUUACGCAAGUGAUUGGGACGCAGUCGAUAUGUUCCCUGCAUUUCUACAAUUCUUCGUCUACAAACCUACACUGCUACAGUCACUCAGUUCUCCACACUUGGCAAACGGGUCAACAAUCUCUGAUGAACAAGCCAAUAACAUCUGCCUAGCCCUUUCAAGAGCCACUCUUUGGGACUCUUACCGCACCUUAUUCUGGUCAGACUAUGACCUAACAAUCUUCGAAAUGGAAGAGAGAAAACAGAAGUUUUGGCUGGAUCUAUACCGAGAAAUGUCCAAAGAAUACUUCCCAUUCAAGCCAGGAAGGAAUGACUAUCAUCCAUGCUCGUUUAUACCUAUUUUCGGACUACAACCUUACAUGGGCAUGUACUAUAGGAAAUUAUGGACAGAGAUGCUAGCAUUGGACAUUCAUGAAACAUUUGACUACGAGGAUGAUGUAAUGAAAACUGGUGAGCGGCUCAAAACAACAGUGCUUUCAAGAGGAUCAGGAGAUGUGGCCAAAGAACUUUACCGGAGAUUCCAGGGCCGCGAUCCUAGCGUUGGUGCUAUAUGUGAUUUCUACGAUCCUCCAUCCUUCUACCAUUUAGAAAGUGAAGCAGUGAAGUGUUUCCUCUAUCUAGUGGCGUUCACCGUGAUGUCCACUGCGGCUCCGACAUCGGGUGGUGAUACAAAAUCACCUGAGACAACGGUGGUCACAGAAGUGCCGCCAAGUUUACACAGAGCUCUAUUGAUGAUGGUCAAGAAUUUUUUCUCAAAAGAGCAUUACCUUGUUGUGUACUACAUAAUGAGAUCUGUUUGUAUACGAGAAGAGAACCUGCGAAGUCGUCUGAAUUUCGACCAAAAACAUCUGAGGCAGCUUCUUGCUGCGCUCAAGAAUGAGAAGCUUGUGAAAGAUCGGCUACUUCAGCAGAAAAAUGAAACCGGAAGAAAUGUUUCAGUAAUAUUUUAUUUCAUAAACUACCGAGCUAUUGUUAAUGUUCUCAAAUACAAAAUCGAUCAUAUGAGACAAAUGCUCGAGGCCCGAGAAAAGAACGAGCUACAAAAGGCCAACUAUAAGUGUGAACAGUGUGGCGCACAGUACGAAGACAUGGACAUAGACAGGAUAUUUGAUCCUCAAACUGGUACACUAAAAUGUUGGCGGUGUCAAGGCGACGUUACACAAGAUAUCACUGGAGGACCGACACAAGUCACGAGAACUCUUUUGGCACGAUUUAACGAGCAGAUGUUACCUCUUUUCGCUGCAAUACGAGAACUUGCGGGUAUCCAGUUAGCGCCACACUUGCUAGAACCAGACAUUAACCAAUACCUCGCAGAAGAAGACAAAGCUGCCGAGCCUCAGCAACAAUUACUGGACUUUUCCACAUCAGCUGGGGGAAAUCGCGCGCAACUGGGUGGUGUUGCACACUCAUUUAGUUCUGGACCAUCUAUAAAAUACGCGAAUGCCGAUCAGAUUACAGUGGACCUAAAUGCUGACGCGAAUAGCAAGCCCGUCGAAGAGGCUAAGGUCGUGCCAACUUGGCUUCAAGAUGACGCCAUUGGUGGUAGUGAACAAGAAACAACAACAGACACUCUUUCCACUGGAACGGACAGUGUGACAAAUAUGCCACAUACAUCGUCAUCUGUGUCGCUGAGCCUAAUGGCAGAAUUAGAAGGGGUCACAGACGAACCAGUUGCGAAGCGGCCGCGCACUAGCGAAGGUGAUAAUGAAGCUAACAGUGCUGAAACUGGAGCAGAAGAGGACGAUGAGGAGGAUGAUGACGAAGAAGAAGAGAUGAUUUCUGUGGCGGGAAAAAUGGUUCCACUGAGCGAAGUGACCUCCGAAAUGGUCGCCGAGAUGACUGAAGAAGAACGAGAUCGAUAUGCAGCCAUUAUGCAGGAGAACAUGUACUAUUAA